AUGCACAGAGUUCCUCUGUUUAUUUCAAAUAAUAUCAACCAAUUAGGAUUGAAACCUGAAGAUUUAAUCUCAAAUGGGAUUAUUAAUGAAAUAGAACUCGAAAGAAAGUUCCCAAUCUUCUACAACAAUUUAAUCAAAGUUGGACUGGUUAAGAAAACCAAGAUCAUAAAAUAUGUUGAAAUGUCAGAGGAUACUUGUGCAUUUAUUAAUAAUUUUUUUAAAUACAACAAAGUUGAAGUUCCACUUUCUGUUGGACUUGAACAAAGCUUUUAUCAUGAACUGUUGGGUAUGAUGCUCAAAAUAUUAAUAGAAGAAAACAUUAAAGUGAUUGAUGAAUUAGAAGACAUUAUCUGCUCUAAAGAUAUCUGUUCGUCAUUUACACCUGAUACUUCAGACAUUUUUUAUACCUUUAGUACAACAAAUUAA